GUAUGCUUCUGUAUGUUUCAAUAGGUUCAGUUCUUAACACAAAGCGAAGGUUGCAAGUAGUAUUCUGUUGCAUUUAAAUUAAUUGUCAAUUUCUUUGUAUUAAAAUUCGAAAAGUAAAAGUGAACCAAAAUGUUCAGUUUUCUUGGGAUUUAUUUACUAUAAAGGGGAGGUAAUUUAAUAUAUAUGUAUUCUUCAAUCGUGGUGAAAUUAAGACAUCCAACUCUUGUAAAAGUAAAAGUCAUCGCCUAUAGAAAGUCCUAAUACAGAGAAAGCACUCAAGGAGAAGCAUAUUCUCGCAGCGUUUAGUCCGCACUCAAGUUUGGACAUAUCUCAACAAUCUAUUUUCUUACGGCAAGUAAAUUAGAGUAUCCAAAUGGCUUCCAUAGACGACCAUAUGGCGGAAAAUUAUGGUCAUCUCAUUGGCACCGACGACUUUCCGCUGCGAAUUAUAAAGAGACUUUAUCUGACAGAGUCAAAAUGUACGAAGUUCUUUCUAAAUAAAUUACGCGAUUGCCAUAAGGAGAUUGAAGAGGCGAAACUCAUUUCUUUCAGCGAUGAGUAUUUGAAGGAAUUGUUGCCAUUACCAAAUCUGAAGAAACUGAUCUGCAUCGAUGCUUAUAAUUUGAGAGGUAGAAGCUUAAUAGAACUCGACAGUCUCACGGAGCUGCACAUACACAGUAGCUUAUCUUUUGAUCCGAAAUACUUGCUGCAAAUAACAUAUUACAAUCCAUUGAGGACGUUUGUAAUGCCUAACUACCCACUCAUGUUUUCGAAUAGAUACGCCUUUGAAAUGUUCGAAAACCUUAAAAACGUUGAGAAGCUCGUAAUAGAAUUUAACCCUUGUAAAUCCUGGCAACUUGUUGGCACUUUACCGAAAUUGAAAAAGCUCGAGAUUUGGGAUUUCGUCAGUCAUGAGUGUGAGACCUGUUUGGAGGACCACAAUUUGUACGAGACAUGCGCAGGGCAACAUGCCACUAUCUUUUUUGAUGAAUUACGUCGGAGGAAUCAGUUGGAAGAAUUGGUACUUUAUGACAGUUGCGUGUCUGAGCAACAUCUCCUGAGAAUUUCGGAGCUUACAAACUUGAAGCGUUUAAUAUUCUACCGGGCCGUUUCAAUGUUCUUCCUGCCACUGGAUGUGUUUAAAGGUUUGGUGAAUUUGAAAGAGCUACACCUUGACUGCUGCAGACUAAUAAAUGCGGAGGAUAUACUAGAAAUAAUAAGGUGUUGUAAGAAACUGAAAGUUCUGUUUCUUGGGAGUGUUUAUGACGUAACUGCGUACUUUCUUAAGGAGGCAAAUGAUAUCUUACAUUGGAGACAAUCGACACCACUUGUGCUUUUGACAACAGGAUUGACCGCUGAACAUUUGGAGCUGGAACGGUAUGGAGUGCGGCUUCGAUUUAUACGAAUUGUAAGACUAAAGAUUAAGGAGGUUGGCCCAAAAGAAUACUACUUGGAAACAGGGGGCUACUUUGCGAGUAAAAUUUUAUAUGCGCGGUCGGUGGAAAGAAAAUUGUUUAUCCUGAACAGGCAGGCUGCGAAAUGGAAGUACUAAAUUACGGCUAAAAGUGCUUAAACUGAGAACACGACAAGGAGCGAAGAUGAAUUUUAACGGUUUAAAUAACGGUUCAAGAGUAAUGAAUGAAUUAUAAUA